AUGAUUAUGGAACCGACCAGGGUGCAGAAGAUCGUCAAGGUUAACAGUAUUUCCCUGAACGAUGCGCUCGCAGUUGGACCUGUCGUACAAGACGACUUGUUCAGCCUGAUCUUACGCUUUCGCCUCGAGCCGUUCGUGUUGGUAACAUACAUCGAAAAGAUCCGCUGGAAGAAAUUCGUACCCAAUCGAGUGUCGGAGAUUCAGGAGGUCAAUGCUGGACACGUGUGGCUACACGUACCGGGGUUGGACAACCCUGUGGACGUGAUCUCUCGGAGAAUGACCGCUACCCAGCUCAUCGACUGUAUGCUGUGGUGGCAAGGAUCAUCGUGGCUGAGGCAGUGUAGCAGAUUCUGGCCCUGCAUCGUGCGGACUUCGGACGACCUUUUCGACAAGGAACAGCUGGAAGAACGACCUGUUGACUCCCUACCUGCUGUGGCUGAAACGAGCAUUUUUGGUGUCACUUCGUCGCUUUCUGAGUUGAUUCGAAAGGUAGCCUACUACAGAAGGUUUUCCUACAACGCUCGUGGGUGCAACCGAUCGAACCGCAGAGUUGGACUUAUUUCGAUUGCGGAACUCAACGAAUCUCUCCGGUGCCUGGCCAAAUUGGCCCAACAAGAAUCGUUCCCAAAGGAUUUGCACGCAUUUCGAACCACAGGUCAAGUAGAAUCCACCUCCAAACUCAAGUCGUUGCCACCAAUACUUAUGGAUGGAGUUCUUCGUACGCGUGAUCGUCUACAACACGCUGAUGUGCCCUAUGAUCGUAAACACCCGAUCAUCUUGGACAAUAAAUACUCUUUCACACUGAUGAUCAUGGGCUACAACCAUCUCAAGUACCUACACGCUGGGCCUCAGUUGUUGAUCGCCGCGUACGUGCCAAGUUCUGGCCACUUCGCGCUCGUGAUCUGGCUCGAAAAUUUGUCCACGAGUGCGUUGACUGUUGACUGUCCCUGCAAACCUCGCACAUCGGACCAAAUCAUGGGGUAUCUACCAGCUGUGCGGGUCUUGCCAAUCCUGCUAGGGUUGAUUUCUGCGGGCCUUUCUACCUACGACCACCACAUCGCAAGGCUGCCCCACAGAAGUGUUUUGUGGCCGUAUUCGUUUAGAUUUGCGGCCCGUCGCGGAGUGCCGAAGACGCUGUUUUGCGACAACGGCAUAAACUUCGUCGGUGCACGGCGCACGCUGAACGAAUUCCUGCGGCUGCUCAAGACUCAGCAAGUACAGGAUCAGGUCGUGCGCAGCUGUUCGGCCGAUGGUAUCCAGUUCCAAUUCAUCCCCCCUCGGACGCCAUACUUCGGAGGCAUCUGGGAAGCGGCCGUCAAGUCCCUCAAGAACCAACUCCGCCGUACUGUCGGCAACGCAAACCUGACUGCUGAGCAGAUGUCCACAUUUCUCGCCCAAGCUGAGGCCUGCUCGAACUCGCGGCCUCUUACGCCAAUCUCCAACAACCCGGACGAUCUAGACCGAGAUCUAGACGUACUAACACCGGCACACUUCCUGGUGCACAGACCGCUGAUCGCCAUACCGGAACCUUUAUAUGAGGAGAUUGCUACGAACCGCAUGUCUCAGUGGCAGAUGAUCCAAGAGUACCUUCGUCCAGCGCACUCGGUGGACUCACGAAAGAGACAACAUCCGCAUCGGGACAAUGGUCCUGGUGACAACCUUCCUCCGCAGAAGUGGCGCAUUGGCAGAGUCAUCGAGAUCUUCCCCGGCAACGACGGGCAUGUUCGUGUCGUCAAGCUUCGCACACCGGACGGCCUCUACACGCGAGCCAUCACUCGGCUCUGCGUUCUGCCGAUCGACGACAAUCAGCAGCCAGCUCAGGACUCACAGUAG